AUGAAACAAACUCAGGUAGGCCUUGCUGACUUGCCUGUGGGGUGUCCCUUCCGCGUUAUAUUGGAAGGGGACGAUCCCAGCGGAGACGAUCCCAGAGGAGACAACCCCACAGCAUACAACCCCACAGCAUACAACCCCACAGGGGACGAUCCCAGAGGAGACGAUCCCAGAGGAGACGAUCCCAGAGGAGACAACCCCACAGGAUACGAUCCCAGCGGAGACGAUCCCAGAGGAGACAACCCCACAGCAUACAACCCCACAGCAUACAACCCCACAGCAUACAACCCCACAGCAUACAACCCCACAGGAGACGAUCCCAGAGGAGACGAUCCCAGAGGAGACGAUCCCAGAGGAGACGAUCCCAGAGGAGACCCCACAGCAUACAACCCCACAGCAUACAACCCCACAGCAUACAACCCCACAGCAUACAACCCCACAACAUACAACCCCACAGCAUACAACCCCACAGGGGACGAUCCCAGAGGAGACGAUCCCAGAGGAGACGAUCCCAGGGGAGCGGACCCCACAGGGGACGAUCCCAGGGGAGACGAUCCCAGCAGAGACAACCCCACAGGAUACAACCCCACAGCAUACAACCCCACAGGGGACGAUCCCAGAGGAGACGAUCCCAGAGGAGACGAUCCCAGAGGAGACGAUCCCAGGCGAUACAACCCCACAGGGGACGAUCCCAGAGGAGACGAUCCCAGCGGAGACAACCCCACAGCAUACAACCCCACAGGAGACGAUCCCAGAGGAGACGAUCCCAGGCGAUACAACCCCACAGGGGACGAUCCUCGGGGAGACGAUCCCAGAGGAGACGAUCCCAGAGGAGACAACCCCACAGGAGACAACCUCACAGGGGACGAUCCCCGGGGAGACGAUCCCAGAGGAGACGAUCCCAGGGGACCCAACCCCACAGGAGACAACCCCACAGGGGACGAUCCCAGGAAAUUCAACAGGGGAGACAACCCCACAGGAGACGAUCCCAGGGGACCCAACCCCACAGGGGACGAUCCCAGAGGAGACGAUCCCAGCAGAGACGAUCCCAGGGGACCCAACCCCACAGGGGACGAUCCCAGGGGAGCGGACCCCACAGCAUACAACCCCACAGCAUACAACCCCACAGGGGACGAUCCCAGAGGAGACGAUCCCCGGGGAGACGAUCCCAGAGGAGACGAUCCCGAUGCUGCGGUGUAUGCACUGCGGGACGUGGUGGUGUUUCCGCAGCCCCCUGUGGGGUGUUGUCCCUUUACUCCUUCUGGGAACAACCCCACAGCAUACAACCCCACAGGAGACGAUCCCAGAGGAGACGAUCCCAGAGGAGACGAUCCCGAUGCCGCGGUGUAUGCGCUGCGGGACGUGGUAGUGUUUCCGCAGCCCCCUGUGGGGUGUUGUCCCUUUACUCCUUCUGGGGUCUGGCCCCCACUCAAUUGGAGACACCCAGCUGUACACCGGUAUGCAGCAGCAGCAGCAGCAGCAGCAGCAGCAGCAGCAGCAGCAGCAGCAGCAGCAGCAGCAGCAGCAGUAGUAGUAGUAGUAGGAGUCGUAGUUGUAGUAGUAGUAGUAGAAGUAAUGGAGGCAGCAGCAACAGCAGAUGCAGCAGAUGCAGCAGCAGCAGAAACAGCUACUGUUGCUGCAGCAACAACAGCAGCAACAGCAGUAGAGACAGCAGCAACAGCAGCAGCAGCAGCAGCAGCAGCAGCUCUUCUGAGUGCAGCAAUAUCUCCUGUGUCUCUAUGCAUGCAGCAACUCCGCUUCCUCCUCCCCCGGCAGCCGCAGCAGCAGCAACAGCAGCAACAGCAGCAGCAACAGCAGCAGCAGCAGCAGCAGCAGCAGCAAGAAGCUGAGUUAUAG